AUGGCAACAAAACUUAAAAACAAUAAUAAUAAAAACGAUGAUGCGGAUGGAGAGAAUUUGGAGAUGGACGUAUGUAGUGAUAGUGGAUCUAUGGACGGAAGCGGGACUGGUCACCUAACCACGGUGACAGAACCGGUUAUUUUAAGUGGAGAGGAGAUUUUAUUAGGUCCUGCUACUGACGAGUCGCCUUUGAUAGGUGGACACGCUUUACGCAAAAGGUCAGCAAACAAAGUAAUAGAUCUUGAAUCUGAAGGCGCAUCUGAUCUAGAUGAAGUGCAACCAGCGGCGGCAAAAAUGUCAACUAGCCACAGAGGUGGUAAAGCUAGUGCCGGCCGAGUGUCGGAGUUAAGUCGGGCCAGGGCGGAACUUCGUGCUGCGGAGGAGGAGGCCCGUGAAGAAGCCGCUAACAGAGAAUGGCGAAAACGCCUCCAAGAGCCGGUUCCAUCAGAACUGCCCAACUCAGGGGCAGAUUUGGUUCACACCGCUGACUCGGCCGAUGACAUAUCUGUCAAAGAUCUAAAAGCCAAAAUGAUGACGGUAACAGAGAUGACUAAAAAUAUGAGGGGAAAAAACGGUAAGGACCUGAAAGAAGAAAUUACUGCUUUAAACAACAUGGUAAAUAUCCUUGCCUCCCGGUCGGAGGCGGAAGAAAUCCGCCGCCUAAGAGCGGAUAACAACCGACUGCGGCGGGAAGUUGAAAAUAUGAAGACCGAAAUGAAGGCUUACCGGCGAGACUAUGCGGAAAUGAGAGCUUCUUUCUCGGCGGACAGCAAGACUCAUUCUCAAAAUAAAGUUCUCUCAGUGGACAGCGAUGGAAUAGAGGAACUCAGGAAGUCGAUUAUAUCCUCCGUAGGAAAUAUAAUAAACGCGCGGUUUGCAGGAAUCGAGGACCGUCUUCUUCCACCUAAGCCAUGCCGGCCCCCAUUGGCUGCAGACAAGAAUCUAAGUUUACAAACUCAGAGCCAAAAGACGAACUCUAAUGUCACUGCCAGUUCAGUGGAGAGUAGAACUGAAGCGCCUACUCCGUGGCAACCGACUGCUACUGCUAGCUCACUAUCCGCAGGGACGAGUGAAACUAGUUCUCACCAAGUGCAGAUCAAUCAAAAAGGCCCGGCAGAUAAGGACGGGUUUAUUCCAGUCCGCAAUAAAAAGAAAAAGAAGCCAAAAAAGACACCUGCUGCUAGUGUGGUGCCAGAGACGAGGAAAACGGCCGAGAAAAACAAGGCCAAGACCAAACGUCCAGUGCUGGAGGGGGUUGCAGCUGUCACCCGGCCCACCAAGUGUGCCACUGUGCGUAUAAUGGAUCUGGACGAUUCUGCUACAACCGAAAGUGUCAUAGCGGUUAUAGCCAGGAUUGGGGGCUGUGCUGUCAAUCUAGUGAAGGCGGGUGGGGUCCAACGCGGUCCUGGGGGAAUGGGUGCCAUAGUGGUAAGGUGUCCUGUAACUGCGGCUAAAAUAUUGGUGGAAAAAGGACGCGUUCUAGUAGGCUGGAGCUCUGCGCGUGUAAUUGCAUUGGAGCAGCUCCCAAUGAGAUGUUAUCGCUGCAUGGGUGUAGGACAUACGAAGCCAUUGUGUCCGUCUGAGGUAAGUAGGGAGCAUCUCUGUUACCGGUGUGGCGAAGAAGGGCACCGAGCAGCAUCUUGCUCAGUACCAGUGCCUAAGUGUGUUGUGUGCGCAGAGACAAAUAGGCCCCACGCUCAUGUGAUGGGUAGCCCACGAUGUAAACCUACACCUGUAACUGGAAAGGUGGCCUCACGGACCGGGACUGCUUCCAGUGCUGGCCCCCCUAAGGAACGAGAGAAUGCCGAAACUAAUAAUAUGCAAGAGUAA